GGCGGCGCAAACCAAAAGAACUGAUAAAAGAAGAGGAGCGGAGCUCAAAAACUUCCAUCAGUCUUUGCACUCCUUAGCAGCGCAGACAACUUCAACGAACAGAAUGGUGAACAGACGGUGACCACAGCGCCUUUUACUGGCUUAAAAAUUCAAUGCGAGCGACUAUUCAAUGUUUGCGGAAGGUGCACUGGUGUGAAAAGUCUAGUUCAUGUUGGAUUGUGAUGGGUUUCCUGCUUCUAGGGCAAUACCAUUUGUGCAUAAGCCAGUGAAACUCUGAGAAAACUAUUGAACAUCGGUUACCAUUGCUUUGGUAGAGAGCGGAGAAAAUAUGUCUUUGCGUUCAAGAAAAUCUUUAUCCUCAUCCUCACCUGCCGCUGACAAGACGCCUAAGAAAGCUGAAAAGGUUGUGCACCAGAAACAGGAGGAUGAAGGCAUUAUCAGAGAUGCACUGGAGAAGGUGAGCAAGAAAUAUCCGGGUUUCAUUUCAAAUGAUGCUUUUCAGGGAUCUGUUGUAGAGAUGGAGUCUAAAGAGAAGUCUGGUAGCAGUGGGGCCACUCUUUGGAUGUCAGAGGCUGCCAUGUUUGCGAACUCUUUCUUCCCUGGCAAUUGUGUUGCGGUGUCACUAGCAGUUUCUGCAAGAAACUUUUCAUCCGAUAUGUUUCCACUCGAGUCAUUGGCAUACCUCUGCAGCAAGCAUUAUAACGUAGAACUGGAGGAUAGUGCAAUGGAUGAAAUCGGGACUCACUUUGCAUGUGCAAUUGUUUGGCCUUCACGCAAGCUUCUUAAGAAUGGGGUAAAGUUAUCCAAACACCUGUCAUUUACCAUGGGAAGUCCUUCUCUUGGAAGAUCUGUAUACAUUACCCCUCUUCAUGUGAAUAGCACAUCUCAGCGUGUAAAAAGAAUUGUGAAAUUACCUUCUCCAAAAAAUGAUCAGACGUGCCAAAUUUCACUUAGUGAAUGCAUUGAUCUUAGUCUCAAAUGGCUUAUCCCAAAGAGUUCUUUAGGAUCAUCUUAUGAGAUUUCUUCUUUAGAUCAUGCAAGCAGCAAUGACUGUGAAAAUGGGCAGUUUUCGUCUCCAAAAACACCUCUUGGAUACAGGUCCAAGGUCAUGCCUACUGCUAAUAUGGCCAGGAGUGGAUCACCUUUAGUACGGUCAUCAGCACUCAAUGAUUCGCCCCAACUUAAUAACAAUGAGGUUACUUUAUUUCAUAAAGAUACUGUGGAGGAAACACCCUUACCGUGUUCUCCUAAUUGGGCUGCUAUUAGGGCAGUUAUGGAAGAUGGGAAGCUAAAAGAACUCCUUCAAAGAUAUGCUGUGCGUUGGCUUAGUGAUCGUAUUUUACUCAUGGGCAAUUUUGUGAUGAUUCCAGUAUGUGGUCAGAUGUGCGUUUUCCAACUGAAAGAUGCAAUGCUUUCUUCAGAGAGCUGUGAAUUGAGGCAGACUUCUGAGUAUGCAAAUUCUUGUAACCUCGGUAAUACUUUUGCAGAUGCAGAGAGGUAUGUCUUAGAUAGCAGCAAAUCACAUCUAGUUUAUACUGGAUUUCUAGUGGGACGUGAGACAAAUGUUAAUUUAAUUUCAGAUCCGGAUCUUCUAUCAAAUUCCCACAAGGAGAUUAAUUUGACAGCAAAUAUAAGAGACAGAAAUGGUGGAGACAGUGAACCAGCAAGAGCUUGUUUACCUUCAGAGAGAAUGAGAUUUUCUUUAUUGGGCGGUCUUUCUGAGCACAUUGCUUCACUUAAGGAAAUCAUCAAUUAUUCAUUAUUUCAUCCACAAACCUUAGCGAGGCUAAAAUUACAACCAACAAGGGGAAUUCUUCUUUAUGGCCCGCCUGGCACAGGAAAAACUUCCUUAGCAUCUACUUGUGCUUUUGAAGCUGGAGUUAAGAUGUUUACCAUUAAUGGUCCAGAGAUUGUUAGUGAAUAUUAUGGAGAAAGUGAACAAGCACUCCAUGCAGUUUUUAAAUCAGCAGAGCAGUCGGCUCCUUCUGUGGUCUUUAUAGAUGAACUGGAUGCAAUUGCCCCAGCACGCAAGGAUGGAAGUGAAGACCUCUCCCAGCGAAUGGUGGCAGCACUGUUGGCUUUGAUAGAUGGAGUAGAUAAAAAUCAUCGGAUUCUUGUGAUUGCAGCAACAAAUCGUCCUGAAUGUAUUGAUCCUGCAUUGAGGCGACCUGGACGACUUGAUCGUGAAUUUGAAAUUGGUGUGCCCUCUCCAAGGCAAAGAAUAGAAAUAUUUGAGGCCAUUCUUUGCCAAAUGAAUCAUUGUCUUACUCAAGCAGAUCUUCAGUCUCUGGCAACAAGCACACAUGGUUUUGUGGGUGCUGAUAUAAGUGCUCUGUGUAACGAGGCUGCUAUGUCUGCUCUUCGUCGACAUAUAAACAUGCAGGGUUCCUGUAAUGUUAAGAAAAGUUAUUGUCCACAACUGGAAGCUCCUGGGAACGAGCGUCCUACUGCCACGGAAAUCACUUGCGAUUCACAAGUUUCUAUGACUUCGUCAGAUUCUUUGCAGUGUGUAACCGGUCUUCUUUCAGAUUUAAGUAUUUGCUCAGAUAAUGAUAACAAGCAAUUAGAGGAUUCUAUCUCCAUUCGAGAUACAUGUAUGGAUGGAAGUUAUAAAGUAUUGGGAGACGAGAAAGCUAGAUUAAUGGAAACCUCGCUGCUGAAAAUAACAAUGGAUGACUUUGAAAGAGCAAAAAUGAAAGUGAGACCAAGUGCUAUGCGAGAGGUUAUAUUGGAAAUACCCAAGGUGCGCUGGAGUGAUAUUGGGGGGCAAGCUGAAGUGAAACAACAAUUAAAGGAGGCUGUGGAGUGGCCUCAAAAGCAUCAGCAUGCUUUUCUACGAAUCGGAGUUCAUCCCCCUUCUGGUGUAUUGAUGUUUGGUCCUCCAGGUUGCAGUAAAACACUUAUGGCCCGUGCUGUAGCUUCAGAGUCAGGUCUUAAUUUCCUAGCUGUGAAAGGCCCGGAACUUCUCAGCAAGUGGGUUGGUGAAUCUGAAAAAGCUGUGAGGUCAUUAUUUGCAAAAGCAAGGGCAGCAUCUCCCUCCAUCAUUUUCUUUGAUGAGAUAGAUGGUCUAGCUGUAGCACGUGAACAAGGAAGUGAUGGAGUAUCUGUUGGUGACAGGGUUAUGACCCAGCUACUCGUCGAAAUGGAUGGUUUAUCUCCAAGGGUUGGCGUGACUGUGAUUGCUGCUACCAAUCGUCCAGAUAAGAUAGAUGCAGCACUUUUGCGUCCAGGACGUUUUGAUCGACUAGUAUAUGUUGGGCCACCAAACCAAGCUGACAGGGAAGAAAUUUUUGAUAUUCAUAUGCGCAAGAUGCCCUGUGCAUGUGAUGUAAGAAAUCCAGAGCUUGCUUCUCUUACAGAUGGUUACACUGGUGCUGAUAUUUCAGCAGUGUGCCAUGAAGCAGCUAUUGCUGCAUUGGAGGAGAAUAUUGAUAUUCAGGAGGUAUCAAUGCGACAUUUCAAAGCAGCAUUAGCUCAAAUUCAACCUUCUGACUUUUCAGAAUAUAAAAAUUUGUCUUCCAGAUUCCAAAGACUUAUUUCAAGUUGUAGUACAUGAGGUGACUAGGUGAUAUAUUUUGUACUUUUCAAGUUUGUUUUUUGUUCCCUUUCACAUUGAUUUAAUCUUGUCCUUUCUGGCCUAUAACAUAGGAGGUAAAGGUAAAGAUGGAGGCAGUUUUAAAGGUCACCAUUGCUACAAAGUGAGGUGCCAAUUGGUAUAUCUUAUAUAUUGCUCAAUGAGGUGUACAUAGUAACAUACCCUACCCCUCUCCAGAUUUGACCUUGUUUCUCUCUCCGUAGUACUUUUGCCUUCACCAUCCAGCCGCUCAGGCUGUGAUAUGUUUUCCUCUAAAAGAAAUGAAUGAUAUGUAUGGCUUUUUAUCACAUAGAAUUGCACUGUAUUUUAUAAUUUAUUUACUUUAAAGUUUUUACUAUUAAUUGUACAUAUUUAGCCAAAAUAUAAGCUACUAUUAUUAUUU